AUGGAAGAACCAAAGCCGAUACAUACGCUCGUCCUAGACACCGGUUCGAUCAUUAAGAAUGAGCCGUCCGUCUCGACCAUGCUCAAACAAUCAGAAAAUCUCAUCACAGUCCCGGAAAUUCUUACAGAGAUCAGGGAUGCGCCCACACGAUCAAGGGUAGAGACAACGUUAAAGCCUUUCCUGACCUUGCGGUCGCCGACUCCGAGCAGUGUCAAAUUUGUAACGGACUUUGCCAGGAGGACUGGAGACCUGGCCGUGCUUAGCAGACCAGACAUACUGAUCAUCGCACUGGCGUAUGAACUGGAAUGUGAGCGCAACGAUGGAGACUGGAGAUUACGGAGAAUGCCUGGCCAGAAACGAAUCAAUGGUGCAGCUCCGCAGAAGGAGGUCGCGGAGGGUCAUGGUGCGGGUGGCGAAGCGCAGGAACAAAACACUGCGGACGAAGCAGUCACCACAGAGAAGGCCGCGAACGGGAACAACGCUCUCGAGACGACUGCAGAAGAACCAGUGGAGAACGUACCCGAAGGCGGUUCCGCAGACCAGGCCGAGCCUUCGAACAAUACGGAUGCCUCGAACGUCGACGAGCUAAAGGAAGACCUAGCCAAUACAAACCUUGAGGCGAAGGCGAGCCCCGGCCACGACGAUUCGACACCAAAGGUAGACUCGGCACAGAAUUCAGCAGAAAGCCAAGAAGACUCCGACUCCGACUCCGACUCGGAAGGCUGGAUCACCCCUUCGAACCUGAAGAAGAAGCAAGCCCAAGACGCCGACUCCUCCAUCUCCCAAACACCAGAACCAAAAACAAUGCAAGUCGGCGUCCUGACAACGGACUUCGCAAUGCAGAACGUGAUUCUGCAAAUCAACCUCAACCUCCUCUCUCCCCAACUAACAAGGGUCAAACAUCUCAAGACCUUCGUCCUCCGCUGCCACUCCUGCUUCCAAACCACCAAGGAAAUGAACAAGCAAUUCUGCCCCCGCUGCGGCCAGCCCUCUCUCACCCGAGUAUCCUGCUCCACAAACUCCAAUGGCGAAUUCAAACUCCACCUCAAAAAGAACAUGCAAUGGAACACCCGCGGCGACCGCUACAGCAUCCCCAAACCCGUCCACGGAUCUGCGAACGGCAGGGUGAAGGGUGGUGGCAAGGGCGGCUGGGGCAACGAUCUCAUGCUGGCGGAGGACCAGAAGGAGUACCAGCGGGCGGCGAACAGUGAGAAGAAGUCGAAGGCGAGGGAUCUGAUGGAUGAGGAUUAUUUGCCCAGUAUUUUGACUGGGGAUCGGAAUAGGGCGGGUGGGAGGAUUAGGGUGGGGGCGGGGAGGAAUGUUAAUGCGAAGAAGAGGUGA